AUGCGGCGCGUACGUGAUAACCGCCGCGAGGAAAACGGUGCGGCUGAAGAGCGUGACCCGUUGAACGCGAUGAGCGGUGGAGGCGAACGAGCCAGCUCCGGCCAUGGCCGCUUCCGGUCGCGUGGACUGAAGGACAAGGGCAAAACUCAUCCCACCAUACAGGCCAAGCACAAUCAGAUGUAUCUCAUCACGUCGCUCGCACAAAAACCACCAAUGGAUGGGGCAUUGAUCAAUCAGGCAUUGCCUAGAGAAUUGUUGUUAAGAAUAUUUUCACUUCUUGAUAUGGUAUCUCUCUGCCGAUGUGCUCAAACUUGCCGCUAUUGGAAUUUGCUGGCCUUGGACGGUUCGAAUUGGAUGACUGUUGACUUUUUUGAUUUCCAGAAGUUUAUCAAGGGACCGGUUGUCGAAAAUCUUGCCAAAAGAUGUGGUGGAUUUUUGAAAGAUUUAUCUUUGCGUGGUUGCGAAAAUAUUCAGGAUUCGGCGUUGCGUUCCUUCACAAGACAAUGCCCAAAUAUCGAGAGAUUGUCGUUGUACAAAUGCAAACGAGUCACGGAUAUGACCUGCGAAAACCUUGGAAAAAAUUGUCAUCGCCUACAAGUGCUGAACCUGGAGAAUUGUGGAGCCAUCACCGACCGAGCAUUGCGCUUUAUCGCUGACGGCUGCAAAAAGCUGGAAUACAUCAAUAUCAGCUGGUGCGAUGCGAUUACGAAUCGGGGUAUCAGCUUCUUGCUGAAGGGGUGUCCUGAGCUCCAGGCACUGAUUAUGAAGGGCUGUGAGGGGGUAACCGAUUCCGUGUUUAACAACCUAGCCGACAGCAUGGAUUCCAUCAUCGAACUCGACAUGAAUCGCUGCUUCGUAACUGACGAUACGGUACAAGCUAUCGCAAACGGAGCAGCUCGCUUGGAAUACCUCUGCUUGUCCCAGUGCCCCCAAAUCACAGACCGAUCGCUAAAUUCGUUGGCGCAGGGCUGCAAGCGGCUAACGGAUCUCGAGCUUGCAAAUUGCAACCUGUUGAGUGAUGUGGGUUUCGGGAACUUGGCAAAGAAUUGCAAGGGUCUCAUGCGUCUCGACCUGGAAGAUUGUUCUUUGAUCACUGAUCAAGCUCUCCAUGCUUUUGCCAAUCAUUGCCCACAGAUUGUUGGCAUGACCCUUUCUCAUUGUGAACAAGUGACGGAUGAUGGAGUGAUUGCGCUUUGUCAGGCUCAUAAGGAUACGCUUGAGGUGUUAGAACUUGACAAUUGCCCCAUGGUGACUGAUGCUGCAUUGUUGCACAUGAAAAAUGUGAAAAAUUUAAAGCGCGUCGAUUUGUAUGAUUGUCAAAGUGUUUCGAAGGAAGCGAUUAAUCGGCUGAAGCAACAACGCCCAGUCAUAUCGGUGCACGCCUAUUUUGCGCCCCCAACUCCACCCGUAACAUCGAAUCCACCGCGUAACAACAUUUGCAGAUGCUGCACCAUCUUA